CAGUCAGCUGAUGCCUACGCUAACAAGCCGGACUGACGGUUCUCCAGCGGCAGAGACAGAUCUGACGGUCAGACAGGAUGCCUUUCUCCGAGCUCUAUUUUAACGUUGAUAACGGCUACCUAGAGGGGCUGGUUAGAGGAUUCAAAGCCGGAAUACUGUCCCAGGCGGAUUAUUUGAACCUUGUUCAGUGUGAGACCCUGGAAGAUCUGAAGCUCCACCUGCAGAGCACAGACUAUGGCAGCUUCCUGGCAAACGAGGCGUCUCCUCUCACCGUGUCUGUUAUUGAUGACAAGCUGAAGGAGAAGAUGGUGGUGGAGUUUCGCCACAUGAGGAACCAGUCGUACGAGCCUCUGGCCAGCUUCAUGGACUUCAUCACGUACAGCUACAUGAUUGAUAAUGUCAUCCUGCUGAUCACGGGCACCCUCCACCAGCGGGCCAUCUCUGAGCUGGUGCCAAAGUGUCACCCGCUGGGCAGCUUCGAGCAGAUGGAGGCGGUCAACAUCGCCCAGACCCCCGCCGAGCUUUACAACGCCAUACUGGUGGACACGCCCCUGGCUGCUUUCUUCCAGGACUGCAUAUCUGAGCAGGACUUGGAUGAGAUGAACAUUGAAAUAAUCCGUAACACACUUUACAAGGCUUACCUGGAGGCUUUCUAUAAGUUCUGCUCCAACCUGGGAGGAACCACGGCCGACACCAUGUGUCCUAUUCUGGAGUUUGAGGCCGACAGGAGAGCCUUCAUCAUCACCAUCAACUCGUUCGGCACAGAGCUGUCCAAGGAGGACCGCGCCAAGCUCUUCCCCCACUGCGGCAAACUUUACCCAGAAGGCCUUGCUCAGCUGGCCCGGGCAGAUGACUACGAGCAGGUCAAGGCCGUCGCUGAUUUCUAUCCUGAAUACAAGCUGCUGUUCGAAGGUGCCGGCAGCAACCCAGGCGACAAAACAUUGGAAGACCGUUUCUUUGAGCAUGAGGUGAAGCUGAACAAGCUGGCCUUCCUCAACCAGUUCCACUUCAGUGUUUUCUACGCCUACGUCAAGCUGAAGGAGCAGGAGUGCAGGAACAUCGUGUGGAUCGCCGAGUGCAUCGCACAGCGACACCGCGCCAAGAUCGACAACUACAUCCCCAUCUUUUGAGCCUCCUCUUCCUCUCUCUGCUUUCUUCCCAUCAUCUCAUUCAGUCGUAUGUCUUGAACAUUGUCUCCAGUCCCACCUUGGUGUUACGUGGUUCUGAUGCUUUGAUGCUAAAUGUUCUGCAUUCUUCACUCGCAGGUGUAAAUUGAUUCUCGACAUCUGAAUCUCCUGUUGUAAUGGGAGUUCCAGCCUGGCUCAUCACUGCUUACAAAGUGAAACACAUAAUCAACUUAAAUACAGAGUGUUUAGCUGGAAAAGAAUCAGAAUGAAGGAGCCUGCUCCAACAGAGGUGGUUUUUGCUUGUUUAAUCAGCUCAGCAGAUAAAGGAGGCAACUCAUUUGACUUUCAAACAAUCGCGUCUGAUUGUCUAAACUUUCUAAAGUGUGUUGUUUCUUGUGGCACGCACUGUCCACCUGACACACGGGCUAAAUACACCAGAAGAAGAAUUUGCAAUUCACUAAGUUCAGGAAUGAACCUUCCAGCCACCAGGACAGAAAAGCCUUUAUUUGUUUUACCCUGAACUCCCAGCACAACAAACACCAACCAUCUUUUGAGAUGAUGUUAAUCUCCAGGCUCAUGAAACACUUAAAGGUGCACUUUACUGUAUGUUUUGGAUCUAUCACCUACCAAAAAACAGUAAAAAACAAAACAAAAGUUAAUGUCCCAAUUGUGAACGUAACACGUCCGCAGAACUUCAACCAGUCAUUAAAACAUUCCUCUGCUCAGCGUCAGUCUCCACCAGGUUCUAUAUAACCUGUUAUUUCUGUUUUAGUGCUAGCUUUUGUCAGCAUGUCUGAUCAUUACUGUGGUUUUCCCCAAAAAUCUAAACGAGUGAAGUGUGUGUGAGCCUCCAUCUGAUUUGCUGUCUUAACUAGAUUGUUGUUAGAUAUUAAAAAUACAGCUGCUGAACAGGAGCUUCCAGUCCUCGCCGUCCCUGUUCCUCUGUGAACUCUUGAGUUUCUGUAAAUUAACGUACUGGAAUGAGGCGAUAUCUUGUGAGUAUUUGAGCGACUUAAUGUUUAAACUAUACAAAGAUAUAUAGAUAUUUAAAGAUGAAUAUAUGAUUUGUUUUAUUUCAUGCUGUAAAAAAUGUUUUGUUUCUGUUUCGAUCUGUUUCUUACUUGUGAAAUGUGUACUGUAAAUGUGACAAAAAUAAAUAGACUAAACUGCAUUAAUGCAGGUCUGGAGAUAUAAAAACAAAAACUCAAA